CCAUGUCACGAGACCCCCAGACCACAGCCUUCCAGAAGCCUCCAUCUACACACCGUGUCACAAGAGACCCUCACACUACAGCCUUCCAGAAGCCUCCAUCUACACACCGUGUCACAAGAGACCCUCACACUACAGCCUUCCAGAAGCCUCCAUCUACACACUGUGUCACAAGAGACCCUCAGACUACAGCCUUCCAGAAGCCUCCAUCUACAUACCAUGUCACAGGAGACCCUCACACUACAGCCUUCCAGAAGCCUCCAUCUACACACCGUGUCACAAGAGACCCUCACACUACAGCCUUCCAGAAGCCUCCAUCUACACACCGUGUCACAAGAGACCCUCACACUACAGCCUUCCAGAAGCCUCCAUCUACACACCGUGUCACAAGAGACCCUCACACUACAGCCUUCCAGAAGCCUCCAUCUACACACCGUGUCACAAGAGACCCCCAGACCACAGCCUUCCAGAAGCCUCCAUCUACACACCAUGUCACAAGAGACCCCCAGACCACAGCCUUCCAGAAGCCUCCAUCUACACACCGUGUCACAAGAGACCCUCACACUACAGCCUUCCAGAAGCCUCCAUCUACACACCGUGUCACAAGCGACCCUCACACUACAGCCUUCCAGAAGCCUCCAUCUACACACCGUGUCACAAGGACCCCCAGACCACAGCCUUCCAGAAGCCUCCAUCUACACACCGUGUCACAAGAGACCCUCAGACUACAGCCUUCCAGAAGCCUCCAUCUACACACCAUGUCACAAGGACCCCCAGACCACAGCCUUCCAGAAGCCUCCAUCUACACACCCUGUCACGAGACCCCCAGACCACAGCCUUCCAAAAGCCUCCAUCUACACACCGUGUCACAAGAGACCCUCACACUACAGCCUUCCAGAAGCCUCCAUCUACACACCGUGUCACAAGGACCCCCAGACCACAGCCUUCCAGAAGCCUCCGUCUACACACCCUGUCACGAGACCCCCAGACCACAGCCUUCCAAAAGCCUCCAUCUACACACCGUGUCACAAGCGACCCUCACACUACAGCCUUCCAGAAGCCUCCAUCUACACACCGUGUCACAAGGACCCCCAGACCACAGCCUUCCAGAAGCCUCCAUCUACACACCAUGUCACAAGAGACCCUCAGACUACAGCCUUCCAGAAGGCUCCAUCUACACACCAUGUCACAAGAGACCCCCAGACCACAGCCUUCCAGAAGCCUCCAUCUACACACCGUGUCACAAGGACCCCCAGACCACAGCCUUCCAGAAGCCUCCAUCUACACACCAUGUCACAAGAGACCCUCAGACUACAGCCUUCCAGAAGCCUCCAUCUACACACCAUGUCACAAGAGACCCCCAGACCACAGCCUUCCAGAAGCCUCCAUCUACACACCCUGUCACGAGACCCCCAGACCACAGCCUUCCAGAAGACUCCAUCUACACACCGUGUCACAAGAGACUCUCACACUACAGCCUUCCAGAAGCCUCCAUCUACACACCGUGUCACAAGAGACCCCCAGACCACAGCCUUCCAGAAGCCUCCAUCUACACACCGUGUCACAAGAGACCCCCAGACCACAGCCUUCCAGAAGCCUCCAUCUACACACCGUGUCACAAGAGACCCCCAGACCACAGCCUUCCAGAAGCCUCCAUCUACACACCGUGUCACGAGACCCUCACACUACAGCCUUCCAGAAGCCUCCAUCUACACACCAUGUCACAACAGACCCUCAGACUACAGCCUUCCAGAAGCCUCCAUCUACACACCAUGUCACGAGACCCCCAGACCACAGCCUUCCAGAAGCCUCCAUCUACACACCGUGUCACAAGAGACCCUCACACUACAGCCUUCCAGAAGCCUCCAUCUACACACCGUGUCACAAGAGACCCUCACACUACAGCCUUCCAGAAGCCUCCAUCUACACACCGUGUCACAAGAGACCCUCACACUACAGCCUUCCAGAAGCCUCCAUCUACACACCGUGUCACAAGAGACCCUCAGACUACAGCCUUCCAGAAGCCUCCAUCUACAUACCGUGUCACAGGAGACCCUCACACUACAGCCUUCCAGAAGCCUCCAUCUACACACCGUGUCACAAGAGACCCUCACACUACAGCCUUCCAGAAGCCUCCAUCUACACACCGUGUCAGAAGAGACCCUCACACUACAGCCUUCCAGAAGCCUCCAUCUACACACCGUGUCACAAGAGACCCCCAGACCACAGCCUUCCAGAAGCCUCCAUCUACACACCAUGUCACAGGAGACCCUCAGACUACAGCCUCCCAGAAGCCUCCAUCUACACACCGUGUCACAAGAGACCCUCAGACUACAGCCUUCCAGAAGCCUCCAUCUACACACCGUUUCACAAGAGACCCCCAGACCAUAGCCUUCCAGAAGCCUCCAUCUACAUACCAUGUCACAAGAGACACCCAGACCACAGCCUUCCAGAAGCCUCCAUCUACACACCGUGUCACAAGAGACCCUCACACUACAGCCUUCCAGAAGCCUCCAUCUACACACCGUGUCACAAGAGACCCUCACACUACAGCCUUCCAGAAGCCUCCAUCUACACACCAUGUCACAGGAGACCCUCAGACUGCAGCCUUCCAGAAGCCUCCAUCUACAUACCAUGUCACAGGAGACCCUCAGACUGCAGCCUUCCAGAAGCCUCCAUCUACACACCAUGUCACAGGAGACCCUCAGACUACAGCCUUCCAGAAGCCUCCAUCUACAUACCAUGUCACAGGAGACCCUCAGACUGCAGCCUUCCAGAAGCCUCCAUCUACACACCGUGUCACAACAGACCCUCACACUACAGCUUUCCAGAAGCCUCCAUCUACACACCGUGUCACGAGACCCCCAGACCACAGCCUUCCAAAAGCCUCCAUCUACACACCAUGUCACAGGAGACCCUCAGACUGCAGCCUUCCAGAAGCCUCCAUCUACACACCGUGUCACAAGAGACCCUCACACUACAGCCUUCCAGAAGCCUCCAUCUACACACCGUUUCACAAGAGACCCCCAGACCAUAGCCUUCCAGAAGCCUCCAUCUACAUACCAUGUCACAAGAGACCCCCAGACCACAGCCUUCCAGAAGCCUCCAUCUACACACCGUGUCACAAGAGACCCUCACACUACAGCCUUCCAGAAGCCUCCAUCUACACACCGUGUCACAAGAGACCCUCACACUACAACCUUCCAGAAGCCUCCAUCUACACACCGUGUCACAAGGACCCCCAGACCACAGCCUUCCAGAAGCCUCCAUCUACACACCGUGUCACAAGAGACCCUCAGACUACAGCCUUCCAGAAGCCUCCAUCUACACACCGUGUCACAAGGACCCCCAGACCACAGCCUUCCAGAAGCCUCCAUCUACACACCGUGUCACAAGAGACCCUCACACUACAGCCUUCCAGAAGCCUCCAUCUACACACCGUGUCACAAGGACCCCCAGACCACAGCCUUCCAGAAGCCUCCAUCUACACACCAUGUCACAAGAGACCCUCAGACUACAGCCUUCCAGAAGCCUCCAUCUACACACCAUGUCACAAGAGACCCCCAGACAGCCUUCCAGAAGCCUCCAUCUACACACCGUGUCACAAGGACCCCCAGACCACAGCCUUCCACAAGCCUCCAUCUAUACACCAUGUCACAAGAGACCCUCAGACUACAGCUUUCCAGAAGCCUCCAUCUACACACCAUGUCACAAGACACCCUCAGACUACAGCCUUCCAGAAGCCUCCAUCUACACACCAUGUCACAAGAGACCCCCAGACCACAGCCUUCCAGAAGCCUCCAUCUACACACCCUGUCAUGAGACCCCCAGACCACAGCCUUCCAGAAGCCUCCAUCUACACACCGUGUCACAAGCGACCCUCACACUACAGCCUUCCAGAAGCCUCCGUCUACACACCGUGUCACAGGAGACCCUCAGACCACAGCCUUCCAGAAGCCUCCAUCUACACACCGUGUCACAAGGAUCCCCAGACCACAGCCUUCCAGAAGCCUCCAUCUACACACCAUGUCACGAGACCCUCAGACUACAGCCUUCCAGAAGCCUCCAUCUACACACCCUGUCACGAGACCCCCAGACCACAGCCUUCCAGAAGCCUCCAUCUACACACCAUGUCACAAGAGACCCUCAGACUACAGCCUUCCAGAAGCCUCCAUCUACACACCGUGUCACAAGGACCCCCAGACCACAGCCUUCCAGAAGCCUCCAUCUACACACCAUGUCACAAGAGACCCUCAGACUACAGCCUUCCAGAAGCCUCCAUCUACACACCGUGUCACAAGGACCCCCAGACCACAGCCUUCCAGAAGCCUCCAUCUACACACCAUGUCACAGGAGACCCUCACACUACAGCCUUCCAGAAGCCUCCAUCUACACACCCUGUCACGAGACCCCCAGACCACAGCCUUCCAGAAGCCUCCAUCCACACACCAUGUCACAAGAGACCCUCACACUAUAGCCUUCCAGAAGCCUCCAUCUACAUACCGUGUCACAAGGACCCCCAGACCACAGCCUUCCAGAAGCCUCCUGAGGAAAGCAGGGCUUCAUCUGAAGACAGGUCACUGGCACUAAGCUUGCUUGUUUUUUUGAGACAGGGUCUCCGUCUGUUGCCCAGGCUGGAGAAUAGUGGCGUGAUCACGGCUCACUGUAGCCUCGACCUCCUCAGGCUCAGAGACGGGGUUUCACCAUGUUGCCCAAGCUGGUCUCGAACUCCUGAGCUCAAGCCAUCCACCCACCUCGGCCUCCCCAAAUCCUGGGAUUACAGAUGCGAACUACCAUGCUGGGCCUAA